UUUUUAUUUUAUGAGGUUAUUGGCAUUAAAGGUUAUUGCUGAUCUGAGGACCGGGACAUUGAUUUUGACAGUUUUCACUGAAGCCACGCCUAACUUCUUGCUCCUGGUGUUGUAUUGGUAGGGAGCACAGUGCCCAGGACCGCAUUGGCUGUUGUGUUUUUUUCAUAAGGGUCCCAAACUACACCGAGAUUUAGAAUAUUGCGUUACAGCCCUACAGGAAAAUGGCGACUGUCAUUCAUAAUCCUUUAAAAUCGCUUGGUGACCAGUUUUAUAAGGAGGCCAUCGAACACUGCCGCAGCUACAAUGCCCGCCUCUGCGCUGAACGCAGCGUACGGAUGCCCUUCCUAGAUUCGCAGACCGGUGUGGCACAAAACAACUGCUACAUCUGGAUGGAAAAGCGCCACCGGCAGCCAGGCCAAGCAGCUGGACAGAUGUAUACCUACCCUGCUCGUUGCUGGAGAAAGAAGAGGCGACUCCACCCUCCCCUGGAUCCCCAGCUUCGCCUCUGUGAGCUUCGACUGGAAGCUGAGCUGGCCCCUAAGCGUGAGGGGCCCCCAGGGGAGGCCACAGCCUUGGAGGCCCUCCUGAGGGGGGAUAGCCUGUUGGAGAAAAAAAACAGCAUCAGUAAAGAGGAGGAGACCUUGCUGGAAAUACAGAGAGUUUUGGAAGCAGAUGAAAAUGGAGACGGUUUCCAUGAUGAUGAAGACUUUGAACUGGAUACUCCAAAGAGAAAGAACAGGAACAGAGCCAAAAACAGAGGAUCAAGUCGCAGGAGGACAGAGGCUGUUAAUAACGAUGACCAGGACAAACCCUACGUCUGUGACAAUAGAUACAAACAAAAGCAUAACUCAAAAAAGGCUGAAGAAGUCUGUGGAAAGCGCUAUAAGAACCGACCUGGCUUGAGUUACCACUACACCCACACCCACCUGGCAGAAGAAGAGGGAGAGGAGGAAAAAGAAGUGGAGAUGGCCCCGUCCCCCCCACACAGCUCAGACAACCACAAACGUAAGACGCACAAACGCACUCAGAAGGGUCCAGACGGUUCCAUCAUCCCCAACGACUACUGUGACUUCUGUUUGGGAGACCAGGACUCCAACAGGAAGACGGGCCAGGCGGAGGAGCUGGUGUCCUGCUCGGAUUGCGGACGCUCCGGUCACCCCACAUGUCUGCAGUUUACUGAGAACAUGAUGCAGGCAGUGAGGACAUACCAGUGGCAGUGCAUCGAGUGCAAGUCUUGCAGUCUGUGUGGCACGUCAGAGAAUGAUGACCAGCUGUUGUUCUGCGAUGACUGUGACAGAGGAUACCACAUGUACUGCCUGAAGCCUCCGAUGACACAACCUCCUGAAGGGAGCUGGAGCUGUCACUUGUGUCUGGACCUGUUAAAAGACAAGGCCUCAGCCUACGGUGAGGCGUAACAGCCAGGACGUCUCAACACACGCAUGCACUCAGUCUAUAUAUUUGUACAUAUAUACUGUAUAUAACUGUUUGACAUGCCCACACAGUAGAAAGACUUAAAGCUUUUACUCCAGUAGAGCUGAACACAGGUACACACACACUCGAGCUUGUCUCUCUCACACACAUACACACACACUGCAAUGCGUUCGCAGGCUCAGGGCAGUUUCUUGUGUGAGGCGCAGAGAUCCUCUACCUCUCAUUUAGCCAAGCAACACUCCAGAUGCAAACGGCAUCAACAUGCAAUGUCAUCCACAAGUCAGCCAUUCAGUCGUUUCUCUACCUCGCCUCCCAGCAAAUGCCAAGAAGCCAAAGCAAGAUUGAUACUGUGUUGCGCAUAAAGUAUGUACAGUAUGUGAAAUUCAUGCUAAUUUAGACCAAACAUCUCGAAAAAUCUGCACGGCGGCUGUUUUU